AGCCAGAUGCAGCAUCUGCUGGGCAUGAGGAGCAGCGCAGCUUGGAGAAGGUGGCAUCUCUUUGGUGGGGGUCGUAAGGGCUACUGGACACCCAAUCUACUUCCCAUUCGCAGAAAAUAUUUUCCAUAAUCUCUGCAAAGUGAAAAGCUAAUUUUCGGAGCUAUCAAGAAUUCCAGGGAGUUUCUGAAGGAGUAGCCGGAAAAUUGUAUGAUAAAACUGUGAAACCUUUGCCUGUAGGAUGUGGACACGGUGAACUUGAACUAGCAAAGCCUCCAUAGCUUGUCUUGAAAGUUGUUGUAUUGUGCUAAGGUAAAGUGUGCCGUCGAGUCAGUGUCGACUCCUGGUGACGACAGAACCCUGUAGAACAGGAGGGGUUUACCAUUGCCAUCUCCUGCACAGUAUGAGAUGAUGCCUUUCAGCAUCUUCCUAUAUCGCUGCUGCCUGAUAUAGGUGUUUCCCAUAGUCUGGGAAACAUACCUGCAGGGAUUCGAACAGGCAACCUCUGGUUUGCUAGACACUUCAUUUCCCCGCUGCACCAUUAGGUGGCUCCCAAAAGAGUGACCAUAAAAUGAGGCCGCUGCCUCCCGGAGAUGGAUUUUCCCCUCUUGGGCUGCUCAAUCGUGGGCCAAACUACCUCCGUAGGCAGCUGGAGGUGAGUAGUGGGGGGCGGACCCCAAGUGCUGUGGAAAGACUGGAAGCUGACAAAGCCAAGUAUGUGAAAUCCCAGCAAGUGAUCAACACCCGUCAAGAACCAGUGCUGCUCUGCUCUACCCACCAACCUUCUCCGUGUUGCAGGAGGCCCCUGGUUCUCCAUCAGCAUCACCAGUUCCCUCAGGACUUGGUGGUAGGCCAGGAUGGCCCUGGCCCCAAGAAGCCCCCACUUUCUCCUCAGUCACCCACAGCACGGAGGGGCAGCAGCAGGCGCAUGCUGAGGCCUGACUCGCUUGUUAUCUACCGGCAGAAACGGGUCGGCUCCGCUGUGAAUAAAGAGAACACCAAGGUCUACGGCCUAGUGAAGUGGCUGUUUCAGGGCCCCCUGAGAGAUGGACAUAGCAGCUCGCCUUCCUCACAGGGUCUGUUGGAAAGCAGACAGCUGCAGGUGAUGCAAGAGGAGACCUCUAUGGUCUGGGUGACGGCAGAAAAGGAGAAAAUGGGAAGUCCAAGCUCACUGUGCCUCCCGGCUGGGUCAGAAAACAGCCAGAGACAGCAGUCUGAGUGUCCGUUAAAUACGGACCAGAUCUCUUCCUCGGCAAGUCUCGGUCCUGUAGACUCCAAGCGGAAGCUGGAACUGAGUUAUUCUCUCCCUCUUUCGGAGAAAGAGCGUUUUUUUAACUAUUGUGGUUUGGACCGGAAUCUGGUGGAGCUACUGGGGGCAGACCAGUUCAAGCCAGGGAGCUGGGAAGCCAGGUCUGCCUGCCCACUUUUGGGGAGCGUGGGGUCAGCCCGUUCUGAGCAUAGCACCUUGUCCCACAACGAACAGGAGCCGUCUGCAGAAGAGCAGAGCGAGAAGCUGCCUGCGUCCAUCUCGGUCAUCGAGCGAAACGCCCGGGUCAUCAAAUGGCUCUACAGCUGCCAGCAGGCCCAGUCUGCAGCCAAGGAGUCCACAGUAUGAGCAGAGAUCUGAUCUAGGAAGGUGCUUCUUGUCGCAAUGUAUGGAAAACUGGCUAGCCAGGCCUCUGUGCUACCACAAGCUUGUGAGGGCCAGUUGUGCCUAUCGGAUGGCCCAGAUGUUGCUGGGGGAUGGUGGUGGCAAUAUUCCUGUUGCAGAAAAACGUGGUCAGGAAAAGACCUGAUAUGUGUAGCCAAGUAUAUUUCUGGAAGAACAUACAGCAGGAACAUAGGAAUCUGCCGUAUACUGAGUCCAGAAUACUAUACUAUCAGUAUAUUAGAUGGAGUCCAUUGGUCCAUCUAGCUCAGUAUUGUCUACCCAGACUGGAAGCGGCUUCUCCAAGGUUGCAGGCAAGAAUCUCUCUCAGCCCUAUCUGGGAGAUGCUGCCAGGGAGGGAACUUGGAACCUUCUGUUCUUCCCAGAGCGGCUCCAUCUCCAUCUCCUGAGGGGAAGAUCUUACAGGGCUCACACUUCUAGUCUCCCAUUCAUAUGCAACCAGGGUGGACCCUGCUUAGCUAAGGGGACAAGUCAACCCUCACUGUUGGCGAGGGACAACUGUUCUGUGGACUGUGGUAUUUGAGCCACUGCCCCCAAUGGUUCUGCGUUGAGCAUAUGCAAGUAUCACAGGGAUGUGGAUACUGGUGUCCCUGUCAGGAGAACCAAACUGAGGCCUGCAUUUUGAAGGCGAGAGAGGGGCUUGGGUGCCAUUCCCAGCUCUCUUCCCCAGUUAUGAUCACAGCUCAGUUGCAGCCAGGCAAAAAGACAGGAAGGGAGAGAGAGAUGCGGCCAUGGUGGGGUGGAAAGAGAGAGGGAGAUGCAGCUGCAGGCAGUUGCCCCCAUAGCCCCCUUUCUAUCUCAUUGUAGGAGAUAGGUGGGAUUGCCUUAUGAGUAGCUAUUGAAGAAGUGAGAAGCCUUUUUACUAAACAUCAGCUGUGUGCUGAGCUCCGGACGGCUGACAAACACCUCCCUGAGCCUUACCUUUCCAUUUUCAGGCCACCUACUUUCCUUGGUAAUGAAGGACUGCUACUUCUGUCUUCAGCGUUCACUUGCAUGGAGCAUUAAUAAAACUGAAGCUUUUUAAAAGAA